CGUUACUUUAUACACUUUCUGUGUAGGUACAUGGUACAUGUCUCACAUGUAUUGUAUAUGUUGAAAAUAUUACUUUAUUUAAAUAAGUUAAUAAUAAUUUUGUUGUAUUUGUGUAUUUUAUAGUAAUUGCAGUUUGUUAAAUAUUAUCUACUUCUUAGAAGAUCAUUUCCGAAUUAUUUAACCUCAAUCUUCCAACUCAAAAAAAGUCCUCGCUUUGUGUUAAUAAAUCAUGUCAGCAAUGCAAUUUUUUAAUCGACUGGGAUCUGUUGGCCUCGGCGUUGCUCUAGCUGGGGGUGUAGUUAAUUCAGCCCUUUACAAUGUUGAUGGGGGUCACAGGGCAGUUAUUUUUGAUAGAUUUACUGGAAUUAAGAAACAAAUUGUUGGAGAAGGAACGCAUUUCUUCAUUCCUUGGGUUCAAAGACCAAUUAUUUUUGAUAUACGUUCAAGACCUAGAAAUGUACCUGUAAUUACUGGAAGCAAAGAUCUUCAAAAUGUAAAUAUUACCUUACGUAUACUGUUCCGGCCAGUUCCUGAUGAGCUUCCCAAGAUCUACACUGUAUUAGGAAAUGAUUAUGAAGAAAGGGUUCUGCCCUCUAUUACAACAGAAGUUUUAAAGGCAGUAGUGGCCCAGUUUGAUGCAGGAGAACUUAUAACACAAAGAGAUUUAGUUUCUCAGAAAGUCAGUGAUGCAUUAACUGAUCGUGCUUCACAAUUUGGAGUGAUUUUAGAUGACAUUUCCAUAACACAUUUAACAUUUGGCAAGGAAUUCACUCAAGCAGUUGAAUUGAAACAAGUUGCUCAACAGGAGGCUGAAAAGGCUCGAUUUCUUGUAGAAAAAGCAGAACAAACGAAAAAAGCUACAGUUGUUUCGGCCGAAGGUGAUGCCCAAGCUGCUAUUUUACUUGCAAAAGCUUUUGGGGAUGCUGGAGAAGGUUUGGUUGAAUUGAGACGUAUUGAGGCUGCUGAGGACAUUGCAUACCAGCUUUCAAGAUCUAGACAAGUAGCUUACUUACCUACAGGACAAAAUUUGCUAUUGAAUGUUCCAACACCAGCUAAUUAAAAGAAAUUAGUGAUGUUAAUGAAUGUAAAUUGUAGGAAUCAAGAAUGAAUGUAUUGUUUACUAUUGAGUCAAGUUAACUCUAUGACUGAAAAAUUCAUGUUUUUUUUGUAAAGUAUGUAUAAAUUAAUAAAGCCAAGCAUUUUAUGAAAAUAAAUUGGUAUUCUUUAA